AUGGUGCGUUCCCAUGAUGCACAUGAUCCCAUCGAGAUGCAUUGUUGCGGCAGCUCGUUUUUCAAAAAAGCAGAGCCAAUUCUCAUCCUCUCUGUAUUUAACGAAGCAAUCAUGGCGCUCUCCUUCGUGAUCCUCUCGAGCUUGCUGAGUGUCCCUCGUGGCAACAAGUUCUACUCGGCUCCCAGUGAUCUUGGCGGCUGCAGUCUUCCUGUCACUGCUGGCCUUUGCGGGAUGCUGGCGGCCAUGUGGGAUUGUGACACGCCUUGGAAUGCCCACUGCCCACACGUGGACCAUCCAAUGGGAGCCUCUUACAAUGCGGCCACAUUGAGGGACACCUGCCCUGCAGACUGCCAGCAUGCCAUCGUGGCAGAAGCUGGGCCCGAAGCUGAGCCGGCCGAGAAUGUGUCAGAACUGUCUGCAACAGAUCCUGCGAUGGAGGAACAGGCGCGCCGAGUGGCAAAGAUCCUGAAUGGUGUGGUAGCGGCUAUCCAGCAGCGUGCCGAUGAGGCGGAGGCAUCAGGCGAUGCAGCGAAGGCCCACAACUUGCGAAUGGUCGCAGAUCAGGAAGCCUACAUCCUGCUGCACGGCAUGGGUUUAAUGGACAAGGAUAUCCAAGAAGUUAAAGCUGCUGAGAUGGCUGCUCGCCAGGCUGCUGAGGAGGUUGUGGAGGCGGACUUCAACGCCGAGACUGAUCACAUGUUCAGUGGCGUGAAGAUUGACGAGGCCAUGCUCCAGCACUACCACGAUUCAAUCGAAACCUUGGGGGUGGAAUGCGGAGAUGAGGAAGAGGCGACUGAGCUGGCGGACUCUGAGUCCGACACGCUGCACAAGGCAGACAACCAGAGCCAUCUCACCAAGUUCCAGGCAAACCAAGGCUUGGACACAGCUGGUUACAUGGAAAACAAAUGCAGCGAAAGCACUUUGAACUUGACCUUUUUCGUCGACAAGCUGGUGGUUGCUCAUCAUUUGCAUGCGGGCAGCUCUUUCUUGAUGGAAGCCUAUUCUUCCAGAUUGCACAAAAUGUCGCAUCAUCUGGAAUUCGCUGCCAAGGCUGCCUUGGCUUUACACGACGAUGAAAACGGCUUGGCGCAUCACUUCGUGGCACACCUACGUCACCAGGACAAUGCUCGCCAGGCCGCGGCGGAGAAAGUUGCGCUGGAGAGCGACACGCUGCAUUUGAAAACUUCGGUUCACAAGAUGCUGCAUGAGGCAGCCCGGUCGGAUUUGACCGAAAAGCAGCGCGUUCGCCUAAGCAAACUUGACGAGAGUCACCACCAAGCUAUACAUGGGGAGGACAAGCAGUCCAUGUGUUUGAACCAUGCGGAGAGAUUGCAGCGGAUCCCAAACGAUUCGCCCCUGAACAGUCCAGUGGUAAAAGACUACGUGGAUUGCUUGUGUCACCACAACGAGCCAUCCAUUGUGUGCCAGGCCAAGCAUGGAGCUGCUGUGAACCAGGUCGCCCGGCAGAUUGCAGCCAAGUUGGCCGACGCCGCGCAAGAGCUCAAAGUCGACAUGAAGCAGGCUGCUCAACAGAUGCUGGCCCAGUCUUUGGAGACCCCCGAGACUGGCAAUGUCUCCCAUGUUGCUCUUGCCAGGGACGGGAAAAUCGCAUUCGGGCCCUGCAAGGCGCCGGUCGCAUGCAAGAUUUGUGUGGCUGGAGUUUGCGCCUCAUCCCCCUUCCCGAAUGCAAAGAAGGACCAUUUCGUGCAUGUGAGACAACUGUUUGGCAGGGGCGUCGUGAAUAAGCCACCAUGCCUCAGUGGAGAUUGCGCAGCAUGCAUGGCGCUUUUUCCGCCGAAAGAGCCAAUUAAGUUCAAGGCCGUGUUGGGCUUCAAAGUUGGCGGUGCGGGCAAAUGCGACGACCCAGCUGAGUUCCUCACAAGCUUCCUUUUCCACUUGACCCUCCAAGUUUGCUUCGGGGGAGCGGUUGGGAAGGCCGCUGAAUGGAUGGGCGUAAAUUGCCUUACUCUCCUCACAACCGAGUACUACCCUUUCAUUGGCAAGAUGGUGCCGGCUGCCCUCUCCGUCAACUUCGUCAUUGCCCGUGCAAAGCUUUCUACGCAUGUUCCUGUGCACGAGCUGAGCGGUGCUGUACUGGAUCAUUGCGCAAACCAGAAGUAUGACAACGAGGAGUCAUGCGCCAGGUUGCUCCCCCUUACCAAAAACUAUGCCUAUCCAAAAUGGCAGCGGGACGCUUGGAAGUCGAUGGCCUUUUUCAAAGGCUGCUACAUGGAGCGCACGGAAACGGCCGAAGAGAAAUGCUUGAAAAAGUUUGAGGCAGCUCGCGGCUCUGGGGGCCUGUCACUCAAGAUUGACAUCACCGUCUUCUGGUGGUGGGAGAAUGUUUUCAAGGAGACUUGGAACUUCUGA